UUUGUGUCAUUUCCUUUCAACACUAGAGUCCCAAGACAUGAAGGAAUUGUAGAGGAGAAAGGUUGGGGCACUGGGUCAUGAGAAUUCACACAGGUGAUUCCUCUUGAAGACCGGUUACAGACAAGUAAUCUUUCUUCUUUCUACUUCUAGAAAUAGGUGACUUGGGAAAAAACACUACGUUCAUGUUUUUGUUCGGAUGAAACAGUGAAAUCAUUUGAGGAAGCAGUUGAGUUGGGGAUAUGGACCCAUGUCACAGAGGAUGAUGAACGGCACUCCUAACUUCUAACAGAACCAUAACUGGAGAUCUGAAGAAGAAAAACCAUGAUGUAAGGCAAUACGACAUGCAACUGCAUGAUAGGAAGGAGGUGUCAAGUCAAGUGGAUAGUUUGACCUGUAAAAAUGACCGUCUGCAUAAAGAAUUUAUUGUAAUUGACAAACUAUCUGAGCAGCUGGAAAAAGAAGAACUGCUGUUGAAUACCUCUGAUAAGGAGCUUGAGGAAGCAAAGAUUCAGGUUAUUUUAGAAGCAGAAGCUGAAAAAAAGCAAGGGAAGUCACCUUCAAGGCUUGGUAUCUUUACUGAGACAUUGCAAGAGGACAGAGACUGCUAUAAAAGUGAGGUUGAGAAUUUGCAGAAAAUACUUAGAAACGCAUCUUCAAGUCCUAGGCAGAGGCCUUCUUGUGGCAGCAUGUCAAAAAGAUUUUCAGCCAUCCAGGGAGCGAGUUCUGAUCCAGAAGUUCUGAAAAUAUUGAGAGAACGUGAAGAACUUAAGUCAAUGCUGGAAAAAUAUGAGCGCCAUGUGGCAGAAAUUCAGGGUAACAUCAAGGUUUUAACAGCUGAAAGAGACAAAGUUGUCAUUCUUUAUGAACGGGCACAGGAAGAGAUAUCUCGACUUCGUCGGGAAGUUAUCAAAUGCCCGAAGACUGCUAAAAGUACUGUGACAGCUCAAGCUAUCCUAAGGCGUGUGGAGACAGAAAGGGAUACAGCACUAUCUGAUUUCCGAAGGAUGACUACAGAACGUGAUAGCCUCAGGGAGCAGUUAAAGAUUUCCCAAGAGACUGCAUUUAAUGAGAAGGCUCAUUUGGAACAGAGAAUUGAAGAGCUGGAAACAACAGUUCAGAAUCUAGAUAGUGAACGGUUAGAACAAAUGUCCAAACUGGCACUAAUGAAAGAGACUGUAGAUUCUCUGGAAACAGAGAUGACAACCUUGGCAAGAAGAGCGCUGGACUCUGAAACUGAAUUGAGCCGACAGAAAGUCGAAUAUGUUUCACUUCGUUUAUUGAAUGAAAAGACAGAACAGAGUCUUUCAGAGACUCAGCAAAGCCUUGCUAAGAAAAAAUAUGAAUUACAACUUACCCAAGAGAAAAUUAUGCUUUUGGAUGAAAAAAUUGAUAACUUUUCAAAACAAAGUCUUAUACAAGAAGAGGAGAUCUGUGCUUUGAAAGAAACAAUUACACAACUUGAUAAAGAAAAGGAAACUUUGCAAGACUGUGUCAAAGAAGGAAAAAAGAAGAUUGCUACUCUUGAAGAAAGUCUGACAAUUAAAGAAAAAAACAUUUCAGAUUUCAAGAUUCUGAUUUCUGAGUUGGAGCAUUCCACAAAAAAAUCUGCUGAAGCUCUCUGUAUCUGUGAGAAAGAUAUCACCAGUUUGCAUCAACAGCUAGAAGAAACCAGUGAUGAACUUGCAGAGACACAGAAGCACAGAGAAUCAUUAGCUCAGGAGAAUGGCAGGUUACAAGAGCAUCUUUCUAAUAUUAAGCAAGAAAAUCAGGUACUGCAUAAAAAACUAGCACAGUACCAGAAUGAGCUUGAUGAUAUGAAGUUGAAAGCCCAGGAUUCAAAUAAAGAUAUUGUCAGGCUGAAGGGUAUGCUGAAGUCUAAAGAGAGAGAGAACUGUGAGCUUUUGGAGAAUUACCACAAAGCCUGUGAAAAAGAAGAAAGCUGGGAAACAAAAUGCCAUCAAGCAGAAGCAGAUUGUAGCUCUGUUAGACUGGUGCUAAUCAGUGCAGAGUCUGAGAACCGCAGGUUGAAAGAAAGAAUCGAGGCCCUUGAAAUAGAGAUGGAGCAACAUCUAACAACAGAAAAAGCAUACAAGUCUCAGAUUUCUACCUUAAACAAGUCUCUUGUGAAAAUGGAAGGAGAGCUUCAAAACUUGCAACGGGAGAAAGUCUCUGUACUUGCGGAUCUCACAUCUACACAAGAACUUUGCAUUAAAUUGGAUGCAGGCAAAGAACUGUUAAAUCGGCAGUUAACCUCCAGUGCAGAGGAAGUAGAAAGGCUGCAGAAUGAUUGCGAAUCAUCCCAUUCUGAAAUAGAACUCCUCAGGAAACAACUGGCAAAUGAAAGAGCAUCUAUGAAAAACCUGGAGUCUUUGCUUGUGUCCAGUCGAGAGAAAGAAUUGCAAUCACAGAUAGCAGAGCAAGAAAGAGACUCUGAAAUUCAGCUCCUCAAGGAGCAGCUUGCUUUAGCAGAAAAUAAACUUGCUGUGCAAAGUCGAGAUUUUACUCAGCUGAGAAAUACAACGGUUCAGCUAGAGUCAGAACUAGAUAUCACCAAAAGACAGCUGGGAACUGAGCGCUUUGAAAGGGAACGUGCUGUACAGGAGCUUCGACUCCAGAAUCUUACAACCUCGUAUCAGUUAAGCUCCACAUUAAGAACAUCAUCACCUGAACGUUGCCACCAUCAGUCUCCUGAGUGGUCUCUGGACCGGUCCCUGGAAGGGGAUUCUUUAUUCAAAGACUUUUAAUGUUAUAUUCACGAUGGCUUGUGAAGACCGUGCACGUCAUCUGGAGAGUUAGAGGUCAAAUGUAAUUCUGGGCUUAUCAUCUUUUCACUUUUAAAUGCUAAAUUUCAUUAAAUGCAUUUCACGACUUCUUGAACAAGUUUUCGGACACUCCUAAUGUUGUUCAGUGGAAAGAAAUCUGUCUAGAUAAUUUCCUCUUCCUCCUAGCCCUCCUCAAUCUUGUAUCAUUGUGGGAUAUGGCACAUCUCAGUUAACAGGAAAAAAGAAUGCAAGUUACAUCAACUGUACUGAUUACUGUUCCAUUAUUAAAAAUGUAUUGAUAUAACUGGAAUAAAGGAAUGGAUAUAACAAUAUCAGGGAAAAGAAGUGUCUCUAUCCCGAUGUUAUAAUUUGAAUGUAUUUUUGCUGAACUAUGUGAGGAUUAUGCUUGCAAGAAGGUGUUAUGCUAUCUCAAGGUAGGCAGGGAUUUUUUUUUUUUCCUUCAAACCUCUCAUACUUCUCAAUUUGGCCAAAAUAGGAUACUAAAGCCAGGAGAUAUCACAGUGUUUUGAUAUUCAUCUAUCACAUGUUAUGAUACGGUAUGUUUUUGUAUGUUUCCACUAUAGAUAUGUUUGAGAGCUAUUCAACUUCUAAGAAUUUUAUUACAACUUUCUUGUAAUAAUCUAUUUAUUUUUACAACAAUUUUAUUACAACUACGCUACCCUUGUACUUAAAGAGUUUUUUAAUAUGAAAGAGUACUAUUUGUAUGGUGAUAAAUACUGACAUUUUAACUUGUUCAGAAUUUCUGCUCUUUAUAACAUUUACAAAUAUUAUGACCUACACUCUUGCGUUUUAAAUACAGGAGAGGACGUAGCAUUCUCUCCUGCUGUAAAUUAUCAGGGAAGUCUCUUCUGUAUUUGGAAAUAAAUAAUUUCUGUUUAAUUCAGGACAUUAUUCACUUUUUUUUUUUUUAAUAGAUUCAUCCUUCUUGCUAUCUUCAUAAACUUAGAAAUCUUUUGGAAAAGUUUUAUCUUUGAAGGCAAGGACAGGUUAGUUAUGAUAAUGGUUUGAACCAACAUCUUGCAUAUGUUGCAUAGACAUUCUGUUUGUGAUAACUUGACUACUACACAUUCAGAGUCAUAUCUCAAAUAAUGUUUGAAGACAGCAUAACCUAUAUAAAUGCCCCUUACCUCCUUUUAAAACCUGUUGAUGUGAGCUAUAGAUAUGAUUCUAUGUUGCUUUUAGGAACAGGUUGCUUUAAAAAGGCCUUAAAGGUAUUUGAUAAAGGUCCCCUCCAAAAUGAUAGCAUAGAAAUAUAUACUUAUAACAAAUUCUAGGACUAGCUUUCCACAAGAGCAACAAUAUCACUGUAGUUGCAACCUCACAGCUGACCUAAGGUGAAGCCAGAAAGGGAAGAAAAGAUGGAAGAAGAAUUAUUUCAAUUUGCUUCAGUUUGUGAGUAAUAUAUUUCAGUUUAAGAAAAAACUGCUUGUUCACAUCUUGCCAAUGUUGUAAUAGCCUUAGAGGAUUUGAACAGUGUUUGUUCAUUGGGAAUUGCAUAUAUUACUCUUAAGAGUAAUAUAUUCUGAAAACCUUGAGACCAUUGCUGAAUUUGAAACUUUUCUUCCUCCUUUAAGUCGAAAAUAAAUAAUGAGUUCAGUCAGCAUAUUUAUAAUUUCAUAUUUCGGAUUGCAAGCCCUCUAAUUUUUUUAUAACACACCUUAUUUGUUUUCCUAAAGCAGGAAGUACUAUUGAACGUGUCCAAAUUGAAAUGUAUUAUAAUAUUCUGCGGUGCUAUCUGUUUCCUCAUAAUGUGGGUUACUGGUGGUAGGGUACUUCUCUUGUUAUUGCUUUAUUACAGUAUUUUGUUUGGAAAUAAACAUAAACAAUCCCCCCCAACAUUCAUGUUUGCAUU